AUGACAGCUACACAGGUUACAGGGAAAAACUCUGUCAUUUCCCCCACCGACCUACCAGUCAACACCUCCGGCAAAUCCAAUCGGUCAGAUAAGGGCAAGAAACAACCCGUUGACUACGACCUUGACCAAUGCAUCGCGGCAAUCAAGGGGGAAAAAGUACCGUCCGACUUAAGCUCUUUUUGGCAUCGCAGAGCAGUCAUCCGCGGGAUUCGUGAUUCACUCCAAUUUGCAACAAGCCCAGCAGUCAUCGAGCUAUGCUCCGGCGACGAUAGCCAAGCUUAUCAGUUUUCGCGCGCCCGCAAUGCCCGUCUGAUGAUGAGUGACAUAAUCCCCGAUAUGCAAAACCCUGCCACCGAGCCGUACUGCAUUUGGUAUCCGGAACCUGCAUCGGAAGAAACCUACCGUGAGGUUGCCCGUCGAUACCCAUCUAUGCGCUAUCAAGUUGGCCGAGCAUGUGCUGCUUCUUGGUAUACGGAUCUUUAUAAAGAAUUAGAUCUUCUACCGGAUGUAUCUAUUGCUGAAGAGGCACGCGAUGUUGACAAUAAUGAUAUCUACAAAAUCAUUAUGUCAGCCCCUCAAAGAUAUAUUGUUAUGGAUGAUUUCACUCAAUCUAUUAAUGAAAGCCCGCAAAUACCUGCGUUUCUGAAUGGUAAUAUGAAGCCUCGGCGGGCUUUAGGCCAGCGUGCCCUCCCUCCCAAAAACUUGCCAGACACAACUGCAGAUGAUAUUGACAUCGAGGAGGAUGGAUUUAUUGGGUUACAAAAUGUCGACUUAGUGGAACGCAAUUCAACACUCGGUCCAGGAGAUUCUGAGCAACUAUGGAUGCCUCUUCCGCCCGAUCUUCCAGUUGAGAAACGCCUUCUAACGCAAGUGGCUGCAUGGGAGGGUAAUGUGGAUAGAUACUCUCGACUGAUGCAUCCACGUAGGCUCAGAACGGAAACUGAAUACAAUUGUAUUCUUCGUGGAAUUUAUCACCAUACAACCUUUGCUAAAUGGUGGGCCUAUCAGCUGGAAACGAACCCCAGGCGAAUCAUUCUCCCGGGUAAAUCGCUUAGCGAAGGCAAUGAGCGCGAGUAUCGAGAGAUUCGUACCGCGAUCAAUGCUCGCAAGAUCAUGAACAAUGAGAUCUCCGGUAUCGACGAUGACUCUGACUACCUCCCUUGGCUUAUCUGGUGGCCGGUUAGGCCUCGUGUGAAUACUUGCAAUGAGCUAGCUCGCAAAUGCCCAUCUAUGAGACAACAAAUCGCGAUAACCUGCAUAGUUUGUGACUACGAAUCGCUAUUCCUAGCUUUGAAACCCCCUCCGCGCGAGUCCCUUUUCGUGGCUGCUAAACAAAGCGGAAACCCGUUCUACCUCAAAUAUCUAGAGGAAUUUGUUAAGGAGCGUUCUAUUAAAUCCAGAGAAAUCUCAGAAUUCGAUGAUUACACUAGCCUGGAAGCAAGUUUACAGCCUGAUUUGGAGCCCAGAGCUACUCAAGCCCAUUCUUCUAUCAACUUUUCUGAUAUGAUGGGUGUGUAUCCCGGAGGCGAAUGGAACACUCCUAGUAUCUACGGUGGCCUACCGGUCCAAGCGGGAAUUGUGGAGAGAUACAUGUGGCUGACAACUGAAACUGCGCAGAAGAUUGAGCAUGACUGCCGGCAAUAUGGCGGAGUCUACAAUGGCUGUGCGGAUACUGGUCUCUUGUAUAUUGAUGAUGAUGAUUCGGAUAACGAACUUUGGCUGAAAAUUUCACGUCCUCCAAAGCGUAUGACGUCCUUCGAAAUAAAAGACGAGGACCACAGCUAG